AUGGCUCCGGAACAGUCUUCACUGUACGGGAAACCCCGUGCAAAGGCUUCAAAAACUCAAGAGAUCACCUCAUCGUCCAACCUCGCCUUCAACAGCCAACUUUCCUCACUUAUCGCCCAGAGCUCUAGCACCACCUCUCACGGACGCCCACGACCAUCCAAGACCUCCAAAAGCGACAUUUUCGGGAAGCAAAACAAAGGUGCCACCAAGCGUGCCGCCGCCGAUCUUGAGGAAGACGAUCACCAUGUUUCCAAUCAAGUCCACAAGAAGAGCAAGGACAUUGGCGCCAUCGAUGACGCCACCCUGAAUCGAUCCAAGCAACGGAUGGCCAAGAAAGUGCGCAUGUACGAGGACAUGAAGAAGGGAUUACAUCUCAUUGGUGAAGAUAGUGAUGAUGACCUCAAAGACGACUACGUAUCACGAUUGCGACGCAAAGAGAAAGUAGGACUGGUCGACUUCGAUACCAAAUGGGCGGAUGAGGAGCGCAAGAAGAAAGCUGGCUCCGGGGAAGAAUAUGAGGAGGACGAAGACGACGAAAAUGCAUCGAUAGUUUCCUACGAAGACGAGUUUGGUCGAACACGCCAUGGCACCAGGUUCGAGGCUGCAAGGGCAGCCGUCAUCAAAGAGGAAGAAGAGAACCGAGGUCGAGCUACAGAGGAACGCUGGCGACCUUCACGACCGAAGAACCUGAUCUACGGCGAGGCCAUCCAAUCCGAAGCUUUCAAUCCCGAGGCGACCAUCGCGGCGCAAAUGGCCCGCCUCGCAGCCCAGCGAGACCUUUCCCCCGAGCCAGAGUAUCUACACUACGAUGCGGAUGGUGAAGUGCGAAAUCGCGGAACGGGCUUCUAUGCGUUCUCCCGCGAUGAAGAGGAAAGAAAGAAGCAAAUGGAGGCGCUGAAGAAAAUUCGCGAGGAUACCCAGCAGCAGCGAGAGAAAUUGGCGGCCAGAGCGGCACAGCGACAGGCUGCUCUUGAAGAUCGACGACGACAGAUUCAGGAGCUGCGGAAGAUACGACUUGCAGAGAAGUCUACGGAAACUUUGGCGACCCCGCCACCGAUCAGUGAUCACUGA